AUGCAUGCUAAACCGAGUGAAGAUUCGAAAGGAGAAAUAAAAGAUGCAGAAAAAGAAGAUGUCCUGAAAAAGAAGAAAGAAAAAAGGAAAACAUCGACCAAGGAAGAGGAAGAGUACACGGAUUUUGAAGAAGUGGAUGCUCCCAUGAAACCUGCGGUGGUCGAGAUUCUUUCGAAAGAGAAACAAGUUGGAGUGUUUCCUGGAGAGGAGGCCAUCUGUGUAGUGAGGAAGCCAGCAGAAAAAAAGCAAGGAAUCGAUAUCAGAAUUGACAAAAAACAGACAGCUGCUAGGGAAAGCUGUGUCAAAAAAGGAUCGUCCUUCAACAACGGCUUAGGCGCAGAAGUGGACGACAAUAAGGAUCGCUCUCCUCAUGGGCGUACCAGUCGCUCAGUAUACGGUUUUCUCAACAGCACUACUCAGGAAACUCGCAUUUUUGCACGGUACGGGAAACGAGCGUUGCCAACAAUCCAACCCUGUCCUUGCCCAGAAAAGAAAACCGUAAGUAUUAUGUAG